AAGUAAGCUACUGGCCAGGAUUGCUUCGAUCGGUUGGAUCUUCGCACAAGCCAGAUCGUACUGCCGUGCCGCGGUUUUGCGCGGCUUCGUGAGUUUCGGGUAGUGCGCGCGGUUUGCGCGUUGUUGUUGAUUGUUUUUUGGGAAAGCAACACACCUUCAUCAUCGUGGUCGUCGUGGCCAUCGUCAUCGUUGCGUUGCGUUGCGUUGAGCCGAGAUCUGCAGAGUGGUGCGGUGGUUGCGGCAUUUCGCAGCGAGACACCGAACGUGCCGGAUCCACCACGGGACGGCGCGAGCAGCGAGACUUCAGCAGCGAGCAUCAAGUGACCGAGACCGAGAGGGAUCGAGACAUUCGCGAUGGCCAUCGAUCAGAAGCUGGAGGAGUUGAUGGGAUUGCUUGGGGACUUUGGUCGGUACCAAGCGUUCCAGUUCGUGCUGCACCUGCUGGCCGCCGUAACGGCCGGUCUGCAUAUGCUCUCGCUGGUUACGGUGGCCGCCGUGCCCGAGCAUCGAUGCUACGUGGAAGCCCUGGACUCACCGGCCGCCACUGCCAACGGUACGAUCCUGCCAACGAUGAGCGCACUGCUCGCCCACAUCCCACUGGACAAAAACGGGGAGCUCGACACGUGCCGGAUGUUUGACAAUGGUACCGAAGUGGCCUGCAGUGCCUACGUCUACAACAACACCUACUACCAAUCGUCUCGUGCGAUCGAAUGGAAUCUGGUGUGCGAUCGCCGGUGGAUGGGGGCGCUCGGUCAGACGAUCUACAUGCUGGGCGUCUUCACCGGUGCCGUGUGGUUGGGCGGACUGGCGGACAAGAUCGGCCGCAAGAAGGUGUUCUGCUGGUCGGCCCUGUUGCAGCUGAUCCUCGGUGUGGCCGUUGCCUUUACGCCCGAGUUCAUCUCCUUCCUGGUGCUUCGCUAUCUGUACGGUAUCUUCGGUAGCGCCGGUAGCUACAUCACCGGAUUCGUGCUGACGAUGGAACUGGUUGGACCGAGCAAACGCACACCAUGCGGUAUCUCGUUCCAGGGUGCGUUCGCUGGUGGCAUUAUGCUGGUAGCGGCCUGGGGUGCCCUCAUCCCGGACCGGAUGAUCCUGCAGAUCGUGUAUGGGCUGCAUGGGUUGCUGUUGGUCGCCCACUGGUGGAUUAUGGAUGAGUCACCACGCUGGCUGUGGAUGCAGGGCCGCAAACGGGAGGCCGUCGAUAUCGUCGAUCGUGCGGUACGCAUGAACGGUCGCGGGCUGAACGUGGACAAAGAGUACUAUCUGAUCGAGGAUAAGAUGGCGCGUGUUGACGAACCGGGCAGUACGAAUGCGGCCGGCCUGGCGGAUCUCUUCAAGACGCCCAAUCUGCGCAAGAUGACGCUGAACGUGUGUUUGUGUUGGUUCGCCAACUCGAUCACCUACUACGGGCUGUCGCUGAGUGCGGGCAAGCUGAAUGGCAAUCCGUUCCUGAUCCUCUUCAUCAUGGGACUGGUGGAGUUCCCGAGCUACAUCUCAAUUAGCUAUCUGCUCGAUAGGCUCGGCCGUCGAUCGAUCACCAGCUCGCUGAUGAUCGUCGGUGGUAUCUGUUGCAUUGUGGCGGCGUAUCUAACGCGCGGCAGCACCGAAUCGACCUCGAUCGUCAUGUUUGGUAAGCUGUUCAUCGCCGGUUCGUUCGCCGUCAUCUACAACUAUUCGGCCGAGCUGUUCCCGACCGUGGUGCGUAACUCGGCCAUGGGCCUUGGAUCGAUGUGUGCCCGUUUGGCGGGCGCUAUGACACCGAUGAUUACGCUGCUCGAUUCGUUCGAUCCGAAGAUACCGGCUGUUAUCUUCGGUGUUAUCUCGCUGGUGUCCGGUACUUGGGUACUGUUCCUGCCCGAAACCAUGGGUAAGGCCAUGCCGCAGAGUCUUCAGGAUGGUGAAAACUUUGGACGUGGUGAUACGGCCUUCUCGAGCUGCCUGGGACGCAACAAGACGCACACUGAGGAUUUCCCACCACCGCAGCAGAUGGUGCCGAUGGGCAAGUCCGAUGCCAGCGAUCGGUAGGACAAGGUCACGGUCGCGGUCGCAGUCGCGGCGCCAUCAACUCAAAACACAGACACGCCGGUGUUCGAUUAGAGUAGUGUAAGCCAAUUCCUGCACCCUUGCUGGGUGGUGGUGUCUGACGGAGGACACUUUAAAUACAUUUGUUUGUGAUCCAUCACACUUCGUACAAGCGAAGGGAA